GGGAGGGGCGUCAAGAUGGCGGCGGGGAGGUAGGCAGAGCCGGACGCCGCUGCUGCCGCCGCCACCGCCGCCUCCGCUCCAGUCGCCUCCGGUCCUUCAAACUCGCACCUCCCGGGAGGAGCUGUCCUGGCGCCGGGUCCCGCGGGGAAAAUGGUGGAACCAGGGCAAGAUUUACUGCUUGCUGCUUUGAGUGAGAGUGGAAUUAGUCCGAAUGACCUCUUUGAUAUUGAUGGUGGAGAUGCAGGGCUUGCAACUCCAAUGCCUACCCCGUCAGUUCAGCAGUCAGUGCCACUUAGUGCAUUAGAACUAGGUUUGGAGACCGAAGCAGCAGUUCCUGUUAAACAAGAACCAGAGGCUGUACCUACUCCAGCACUAUUAAAUGUGAGGCAGCAGCCUCCAUCUACUACAACAUUUGUGCUGAAUCAAAUAAAUCAUCUUCCACCCUUGGGAUCUACAAUUGUAAUGACUAAAACACCACCUGUAACAACCAACAGGCAAACCAUCACUUUAACUAAGUUUAUCCAGACUACUGCAAGCACACGCCCGUCAGUCUCAGCACCAAUAGUACGAAAUGCCAUGACUUGUGCACCUUCAAAAGACCAAGUUCAGCUGAAGGAUCUACUGAAAAAUAAUAGUCUUAAUGAACUCAUGAAACUAAAGCCACCUGCUAAUAUUGCUCAGCCAGUAGCAACAGCAGCUACUGAUGUAAGCAAUGGUACAGUAAAGAAAGAAUCUUCUAAUAAAGAAGGAGCUAGAAUGUGGAUAAACGACAUGAAAAUGAGGAGCUUUUCCCCAACUAUGAAGGUUCCUGUUGUAAAAGAAGAUGAUGAACCAGAGGAAGAAGAUGAAGAAGAAAUGGGUCAUGCAGAAACCUAUGCAGAAUACAUGCCAAUAAAAUUAAAAAUUGGCCUGCGUCAUCCAGAUGCUGUAGUGGAAACCAGCUCUUUAUCCAGUGUUACUCCUCCUGAUGUUUGGUACAAAACAUCCAUUUCUGAGGAAACCAUUGAUAAUGGCUGGUUAUCAGCAUUGCAGCUUGAGGCAAUUACAUAUGCAGCCCAGCAACAUGAAACUUUCCUACCUAAUGGAGAUCGUGCUGGCUUCUUAAUAGGUGAUGGUGCUGGUGUAGGAAAAGGAAGGACGAUAGCAGGAAUCAUCUAUGAAAAUUAUUUGUUGAGUAGAAAACGAGCAUUGUGGUUUAGUGUUUCAAAUGACUUAAAGUAUGAUGCUGAAAGAGAUUUAAGGGAUAUUGGAGCAAAAAACAUUUUGGUUCAUUCAUUAAAUAAGUUUAAAUAUGGAAAAAUUUCUUCCAAACAUAAUGGGAGUGUGAAAAAGGGUGUUAUUUUUGCUACUUACUCUUCACUUAUUGGUGAAAGCCAGUCUGGCGGCAAGUACAAAACUAGGUUAAAACAACUUCUGCACUGGUGUGGUGAUGACUUCGAUGGAGUGAUAGUGUUUGAUGAGUGUCAUAAAGCCAAAAACUUAUGUCCUGUUGGUUCUUCAAAGCCAACCAAGACAGGCUUAGCAGUUUUAGAGCUUCAGAACAAAUUGCCAAAAGCCAGAGUUGUUUAUGCUAGUGCAACUGGUGCUUCUGAACCACGCAACAUGGCCUAUAUGAACCGUCUUGGCAUAUGGGGUGAGGGUACUCCAUUUAGAGAAUUCAGUGAUUUUAUUCAAGCAGUAGAACGGAGAGGAGUUGGUGCCAUGGAAAUAGUUGCUAUGGAUAUGAAGCUUAGAGGAAUGUACAUUGCUCGACAGCUGAGCUUUACUGGAGUGACCUUCAAAAUUGAGGAAGUUCUUCUUUCUCAGAGCUAUGUUAAAAUGUAUAACAAAGCCGUCAAGCUGUGGGUCAUCGCCAGAGAGCGGUUUCAGCAAGCUGCAGAUCUGAUUGAUGCCGAGCAACGAAUGAAGAAGUCCAUGUGGGGUCAGUUCUGGUCUGCUCACCAGAGGUUCUUCAAAUACUUAUGCAUAGCAUCCAAAGUUAAAAGGGUUGUACAACUAGCUCGAGAGGAAAUCAAGAAUGGAAAAUGUGUGGUAAUUGGUCUGCAGUCUACAGGAGAAGCUAGAACAUUAGAAGCUUUGGAAGAGGGCGGGGGAGAAUUGAAUGAUUUUGUUUCAACUGCCAAAGGUGUGUUGCAGUCACUCAUUGAAAAACAUUUUCCUGCUCCAGACAGGAAAAAACUUUAUAGUUUGCUAGGAAUCGAUUUGACAGCUCCAAGUAACAACAGUUCACCAAGAGAUAGUCCUUGUAAAGAAAAUAAAAUAAAGAAGCGGAAAGGUGAAGAAAUAACUCGAGAAGCCAAAAAAGCACGAAAAGUAGGUGGCCUUACUGGUAGCAGUUCUGAUGACAGUGGAAGUGAAUCUGAUGCCUCUGAUAAUGAAGAAAGUGACUAUGAGAGCUCUAAAAACAUGAGUUCUGGAGAUGAUGACGAUUUCAACCCAUUUAGAGAUGAGUCUAGUGAGGAUGAUGAAAAUGAUCCCUGGUUAAUCAGAAAAGACCACAAGAAAAACAAAGAGAAAAAAAAGAAGAAAAGUAUAGAUCCAGAUUCUAUUCAAAGUGCCUUAUUAGCAUCAGGUCUUGGAUCAAAACGACCUAGUUUUUCAUCUACACCAGUUAUCUCACCUGCUCCUAACAGUACACCAGCUAACAGUAAUACCAACAGUAACAAUAGCCUUAUAACAAGUCAGGAUGCUGUGGAAAGGGCUCAGCAGAUGAAGAAAGACCUGCUUGAUAAGCUAGAAAAAUUAGCUGAAGACCUCCCCCCUAAUACCCUGGAUGAACUUAUCGAUGAACUUGGUGGCCCUGAGAACGUUGCUGAGAUGACUGGCCGCAAGGGACGGGUUGUGAGCAAUGAUGAUGGAAGCAUAUCUUAUGAGUCAAGAUCUGAACUUGAUGUGCCUGUGGAAAUACUAAACAUCACAGAAAAACAGCGAUUUAUGGAUGGAGAUAAGAAUAUUGCUAUCAUCUCAGAAGCUGCCAGCUCAGGUAUUUCAUUACAAGCAGAUAGGAGAGCUAAAAAUCAAAGACGAAGAGUUCAUAUGACUUUAGAAUUACCCUGGAGCGCUGAUAGAGCAAUUCAACAAUUCGGACGAACUCAUAGAUCAAACCAAGUGACUGCUCCUGAAUAUGUCUUUCUGAUUUCUGAACUGGCAGGAGAACAAAGAUUUGCAUCUAUUGUUGCUAAAAGACUUGAGAGUUUGGGGGCACUUACACAUGGCGAUAGAAGAGCAACAGAAUCUAGGGAUCUGAGCAGGUUCAACUUUGAUAAUAAGUAUGGAAGAAAUGCUUUAGAAAUUGUCAUGAAAUCCAUUGUAAACUUGGAUUCUCCUAUGGUGUCACCACCUCCAGACUAUCCUGGAGAAUUUUUUAAAGAUGUUCGACAAGGACUGAUAGGAGUUGGCCUGAUAAAUGUAGAAGAUCGCUCGGGAAUUCUUACUCUCGAUAAAGAUUAUAACAACAUAGGAAAAUUCUUAAAUAGAAUUUUAGGCAUGGAGGUACAUCAGCAGAAUGCAUUAUUUCAGUAUUUUGCGGACACACUUACUGCAGUUGUUCAAAAUGCCAAAAAAAAUGGAAGAUAUGAUAUGGGAAUCUUAGAUCUUGGUUCUGGAGAUGAAAAGGUGAGGAAAAGUGAUGUUAAAAAGUUUCUGACUCCAGGAUAUUCAACCUCUGGCCACGUAGAAUUAUAUACAAUUAGUGUAGAGAGGGGAAUGUCAUGGGAGGAAGCUACCAAGAUUUGGGCUGAGCUGACAGGACCAGACGAUGGCUUUUACUUGUCAUUGCAAAUAAGGAACAACAAGAAAACUGCCAUCUUAGUUAAAGAAGUGAAUCCUAAAAAGAAACUUUUCUUAGUUUAUCGACCAAAUACUGGGAAACAGCUCAAAUUAGAAAUUUAUGCUGAUCUAAAAAAGAAAUAUAAGAAGGUCGUCUCAGAUGAUGCCCUGAUGCACUGGUUAGAUCAGUAUAAUUCAUCUGCAGAUACUUGUACUCAUGCUUAUUGGCGCGGCAAUUGCAAAAAAGCAAGCUUGGGGUUAGUUUGUGAAAUAGGUCUUCGUUGCCGUACAUAUUAUGUAUUAUGUGGUUCAGUGCUGAGUGUCUGGACAAAAGUUGAGGGUGUUCUAGCAUCUGUCAGUGGCACAAACGUGAAGAUGCAGAUUGUGCGGCUAAGAACGGAAGAUGGGCAACGGAUUGUAGGUUUGAUCAUUCCGGCAAAUUGCGUGUCUCCUCUUGUAAAUCUCCUAUCAACUUCAGACCAGUCUCAACAGCUUGCGGUCCAACAGAAACAGCUAUGGCAACAGCAUCACCCUCAGAGCAUCACCAACUUGAGCAACGCAUAAAGAACAGACAGGUUUCAACAUGGAUGGAUCUGAAAUGCUGUUGAAGCAUAUCAUUUGCAUAAAAAUCAGGGACAGUUUCCAAAGAAUUAUAUAUUUUUUUCAGUUGUGCUCUCUCUAGUUAGUUUUUUUGGAAGUAAGGACAAACCUGGAAUAGAUAGCAAAACUGAAAAUCAGCAGUGCUGAUGGUGGUACAUAUGUCUUUCCUUUUGCUUCUCCCCUGGUACUUCCCAUCUGCUUUUACUUUGGGUGAGCAGAGCGGGAUGUGUGCGUGCGUGUGUGUCAGUCUGUUUGUGAGUGUGUUAAAGGCUACAGACCACAGUUGGUUUAAAAUGCUUGGAACUUCCCAAACUGGCUUUACUUUAUGUUUAUACAGUGCUCAGGGUUAACGCAGUACAUCCAUGCCAUUGCUGUGGGAGGUAUCCCCGGAUGCAUGUGUUUUGAGUCUAUAAAUAUAGAAAAUAUAUAUUGGUUUCUUUUUCCAGCUUAAUAGGUUUAUUAAAGCAUGAAAUGAAAGGUUGCAUAUCAUGCAUUCAGGUUAUUUUCUAAUUUUUGUUCUGACAGUGCAUGUCUUUGAAAGCAUGCGUAAACAAGAUUAACACAGAAGUCGAGUAACAGAGAGAAACAUUUGUUAGAUGUACAGCAUUGGUAUUGCAUUUUUAUAGUGUUUAUACCUGGGUAUUGCUUCAAAUCCUGCAGACCCCUCCUGCCCCUUCUCCCUGCCCUAGGUUUCUGGUCAAGGUAAUGAGUACAUACAUUUUUCUGUGAUAAAACUCUUAAAAGUUAAUUUUAAUGUAUUAAUAGUAUUCCUAAUGUGUGCUGCAGAAAUGGCUAUAAGCCUCUUAAAUUUACAUUUUCAACUUAAAGGUAGUUUUAGAAAGAAGUACAAAUUGGCUUUCAUCUUGCAAACAAUCGUUUUUUACUUAAUUAGCUUAAUUUGCAUUAUCACUCAUAAAAAGGAAACCAUACUUGAGUUGUAGACAAUGAGGAAACACUUGAGGCUUCUGCUGUAUGUUUUUUUGUUACUGUUAUUGUUGUUACUCAGUAACUUGAAUAUUGUUUAAUGUGUUGUAAGACAUUGUAGAGUUUAUCUCAAGCUGUUAAAAAUGGUAAUGUACAAAUGUGAAUAGACACUUAUCUAUAUAAUAUGGGUAAGUUUUGUUUCGCCUAUAAUAGAUGUUUAUAAAAACAAGUGAGGGGACAGUUGGUCUUUUUAUUUCCUUUUCUUUCUUUCUUUUUCUUUUUUCUGUUUUUUUUUUUUUUUGCUUACACAGGUUGCACUAUUGAAAAAUCGAGAUUGUAUAAACCUGGUAAAAAGCUGCAAGAUGCCAAAAUCUUGUAGAUGUCAAAUAAAAAGUUAUUAUACUAACAAGAAGUGGACUCUUGUUUAGGCCCUCACUGGUGACCUUCAGAAGUAGUCUGUGACGGGGACUCAGCAGAACUUGUGUGUUGCCUCAGCAUUCCAGGUAGCCUUAUAGUUUGGUUUAAAACUUAUCCCUAAAAUUUGAGAUGGCGUUGAGGGAAGGGGUAUAAUGAUAGUACUUCUGAGUGUUUUUUAAGUUGAAUUGUUUGCUGUGUUAACUUUUUAAACUUCUUGCAGAAUUGGGUGAGAUGUGUGUUAAAACUGACAAACCUGGCUGAAAGCUUAGGGCAUUCAUCCUCUUGUGUCUCCUUUAGCCUGAGUUUGGUUAUGUCAAGCUUACCGUAAGUUUUCUUAGGAUUUAUUUAUUCUUGGUGCCUAAAAGAAUAAAUUGAAAGUACUUUCUGUUCUUUGGCACAUUUUGCCCAGUGGAUGCAACUUCUAUCCUCAGUCCAGUUCAUAUAUCUCAGGCAGUGAUCCAUUUUAUAUCAGCCAGUUUUCCUUGUUUGGGCCACUAGACCCGGCUGGCAGCCAAGAGCAGCACUGUCCCCACCUUCAGCAGAACCUCUCAGCUCAUGUGUGUGUUUUUAAAGCAGUAGUCAGCUUCCAUCAGCAAUGGAAGUGUCCCCCACUCCAGCAGAGGUGCAGUCGCUGGACCUGAGGAAGGGAAGCAUUACAAACCCUCCAGUGAGACAGAAUGGCAGAGUUGGGAAGGAUCUUCUCUCACAGGCUGUUGACCCAACUCCUCUUUCUGUGUGUGAGGGCAUCUUAGUUUUUUAUGGCGUUUUCAAAGCAGCAUAUGAGGGUUCUUAGCAUGCAGCUAAUUGACAACCCCCACGGCCCAUGAUGUAAUGUUUGCUCUGGACUAGCCAUCUUGAUACAUAGGAGUGUAUGUAUAUUAGGUUCUUUGUAGAACAGCUUUUUUGUUGUUGUUUUUUUCAUUUAAAAGGCCUCUGAAAGCCCUCUCAAAACGGACCUCAAAAAGGCAACCAGUGUUGAAUGGAUGGGAGCUGGGGCGAUGCAUGCCCAGGCUGGUCAUGGUGUGUGCAGCACCCAGAGAGUUGCACCCACCCCUUCUUCAGGUGGAUAUCCGACCUUUACACUGUGGUCUUACAAAAGUCAGCAAGUUCGGUUUGGCUGCCCUGUGAAACUUCAGCAUUCAAGGUCCUCUUCUGUUAAAACCCAACUCUUGGCUGGGCGCGGUGGCUCACGCCUGUAAUCCCAGCACCUGGGGAGGCUGAGACUGGCAGGUCACUUGAGGCUAGGAGUUCGAGACCAGCCUGGCCAACAUGGCGAAACCCCAUCUCUGUCAAUAAAUACAAAAAACUAGCCGCUAACUUCUGUAAAAUAGGUCCAUUCAUUGCAGGAUCUAAGUGUCACACCUGACUUCAAAGGCCUUGUUUAAUUAACCCCAUGUCCUCUUUGCCUCUGCAAUGCCUUUUUCUUCUUUUUAGCAAUAUGGCUCUGAGCACAAAGAUUUGAUUGGAAAUCAUGUUCGGGUUUUCAGAGUUUACAGUGUCGGUUGUACUGAAAACCAUUUCCAGAGUCUAAAGCAGCUCAGAUGUUAUCUCUGGGGAAAUUAGUGUUCCCCUAAUUUAGCAACCUCCGUACCACAAGGUCUCUAUCUGUAGUUACUGGGAUUAUCCAGAUACACUAUCAGUGAUACAAAUUCAUAGAUGUAUUAAUGCAUUUCUUUAAACAUGACUUGAUUAAGAAGCAGAUAUGUUAAGCAGUUUUCUUUUCCUGCUGCUAAAUUGCAGUUAGACACUUCAAUAUCUUCUCUUUACAUGUGUAUAUAAAUUAGUAAGAACCUGCAUUCAAAGCAAUGUAGUAGUGUGUGUAUGUAUCUAUAUAUAUUUAUUCUAACUCAGCACUUCAGAAGCCUUUUUGAGUUACAACAAUAUUUUAGUUUGCUUCAUCUGUAGAGGUAAAAGUUCUGUAUUACCAAGCUCCAGAGGAAUAUGAUAUUUUACAGGCACAAUUAUCUGGCUGUAGCCCCUCCGGCAUUCAUUUGCUGGCCUCCAUGGGAUGCUGUUAGAACAACUGUUAGCCGGCAAGAGAAGAAAGGGUACCAGGACAGCAUUUACAGUUGUAGAAUGGGAGCCUUCUUCCCUCUCCCCUCCGCUUUCAUUUUAGCAUGAGAGAAAAAAAACAAUAGAUUGGAAAUGAUUGUUGCAUCUCACUUCAUGAAAGUAGGGGCAUAAGUUCCCUCUGGAUCCUUUUCUUGACAAGCAGUCAAGAGGAAGGUCCCCAUACACAUGUCCCUGUAUGAUACUUGGUAGUUUCUGAGAAUGGUGCUACAUAAGCGUUGCUGUUAGGCUGGGAUCCUAUUAAUGAACGUUUGGUUAGUUCAGGCUUCCCAGUGGCAAAGGCAGACACCGUGGAGAUGGACAUUUACUGACUCCCUCCUUUGUGGCUUUGGUCUCCCUGGCUAACACCACACCUGUGCGUACUGCGCUUGGCCCACUUUGCUGCAGAAACAACGAGCGUUUCAUGUCAGCUACAGCUGAGAGCAAAAACUG